UCCACAUCUCGAUGAGCAAGUAUGCGUUGCUGAGUAAAGAAAAACAGGAGUCGUUCAAAGCAGCUCUCAUUCUCAUUUUUGAUCAAUAUUGGAAACUAAAUUUACGCAUACCCUUAGAGAGCACAGUAUUUGUAUUGAACUAUACUUACAAUCACAUGAAUACCGCUACCAUCAGAAAGAAAAUAUGAAGACCGCUGAUCCUCGAGAUUUCGUGCUCUGUUGUACAAUGACAACUCGCGCAUUCAAAAUUUUAUCAACGUAAUUGUUUCAAAAAUUCUGAAAGGAAUGUAUUAACGAUGGGUAAAAAUUACCUCAGGACAUAUUCGUCAAAAAAUUUCAACAUUCGUUUUCACAAUGGAUAAUAUACAUUCCAGAAGUAUGCUCAGCAUACUUAUAUUUAUUAUUUUUGCUCAAAUUUGUUGGACUUAUCAACCUAAAGUUAAUUAUAGAGAGAAAGAAAAAGAAGUUUUGGAUAAAAUUUUAGGACAAGGUAGUUACGAUGCAAGAAUUAGACCCUCAGGAGUCAAUGGCACAGAAGACGGCCCAUGUAUUGUAUAUGUCAACAUUUUUCUACGUUCAAUUAGCAGAAUUGACGAUUACAAAAUGGAGUACAGUGUUCAAUUGACAUUCAGAGAACAAUGGAUGGAUGAAAGAUUGAAAUUCGAUGACUAUGACGGAAGAAUAAAAUAUUUAACAUUAACUGACGCUAGUAGAGUGUGGAUGCCGGAUUUGUUUUUCUCAAACGAAAAGGAAGGCCAUUUCCAUAAUAUUAUUAUGCCCAACGUGUACAUUAGAAUAUUUCCAUAUGGCUCAGUUCUUUAUAGUAUCAGGAUUACAUUAACUUUAUCGUGUCCGAUGAAUUUAAAAUUAUAUCCAUUGGAUAAGCAAGUGUGUUCAUUAAGAAUGGCCAGCUACGGUUGGACCACAGACGAUUUAGUAUUCUUAUGGAAGGAAGGUGAUCCUGUACAAGUUGUAAAAAAUCUUCAUUUGCCUCGAUUUACUCUUGAAAAAUAUCGAACUGAUUAUUGCAAUAGUAAAACAAACACAGGGGAAUACAGUUGUUUAAAAGUAGAUUUACUUUUCAAACGCGAGUUCAGUUACUACUUGAUUCAAAUUUACAUUCCCUGUUGCAUGCUGGUAAUAGUAUCGUGGGUUUCAUUUUGGCUGGAUCAAAGUGCUGUACCAGCCAGAGUAUCAUUAGGGGUAACUACCCUUUUAACAAUGGCUACACAAACGUCCGGAAUAAAUGCUUCAUUACCACCGGUAUCGUACACCAAAGCCAUUGACGUCUGGACUGGCGUUUGUUUAACAUUCGUUUUUGGGGCACUGCUAGAAUUCGCCUUGGUGAAUUACGCUUCCCGUUCAGACACCCAUCGCGAAAAAAUCCAAAAGGAAACUAAAACUAACUCUUUGGAAGAUGGAAAUGCCUUUCAAAUGAAACCUUUAAUGAAUCGAGCCGGCCACGUUGAAAUGAUCCGACAUUGCGAAGUGCACAUGCAGCAAAAAAGUGGAUGUAUAUGCUUCCUCCGUUCUUGGUUUUCGAAAUUCCCCACUCGUUCUAAACGUAUCGACGUAGUUUCGCGAAUAAUAUUCCCGUUAGUGUUCGCAUUAUUCAACGUUUCGUAUUGGUCAACAUAUCUGUUUAGAGACGAACAAGAGGAUCAACAAUAAUACGAAAAUGAUAAGCCUAAAAUUUUUAUAUUGGUGCAACUGGUGAACCAAUUCUCUUUUUAUACAACCUUUGGAUUAUAUUUCUACCUUUUUUUCAAUGUGUGAUUUAUUUAAUAAGCUUUUCAAUUAUUACCCAAUUAUUUAUACCUACAUUUGAUCGAUCGAACUACCACGUUUAACUAGGUAGUAUCCUAUUUAUCUGGGAAUUACACGUACAUGAUUUUUCGUGUUUUUUGUCGAAUUAUUUCUCUUAAAUUACUUACUUUAUUACCUACUUACUUUUUGUUUUUAUAUCUCGUUUCGUUUUCUGUCAUUUGUUUUUGUCUUUAUUAAUUUCGUUUCGUCACACGACCUCUUUUUUCAUACCUACCGCUUUUUGUACUGAAUCGUGAAAUACGUUGAACCGAUAACGUAAGAAUCAUAAUUCUUGUUUCUUGACUGCAUCUUGUACACAUAACACUAAGAUGAAUACCUACUGACUUGACUGAAUUUUACCCUUUCUUGAAAGUAAACCAAAUCAUAGAUAUUUUUCAUUAAAAUACAAAAAAAUUAAUUGCAUAAAUUUAAAAAUAAUCGACAGGGCCAUAGUGAAAGGGGGCAACAACUACAUACCUAUCGUCCGCUGGAAAAUUUUGUUCAAUUUGAAAAAUGAAACCGCGAUUUUAAUUGAAAAACUUUUAGUUUUGAGCCGCAGCAAGACAAUUAUCAAAUUUGCAAUCCAUAUCGUAACUCUCCAAUUCAAGUUGUGAUUUUCUAACUAUGAUCAAAUUUUUUCAAGUUAAUAAAUAUCUAAUAAAUAGAAUAGGGUAAGUAUUAAAAUCAAAAUUGCAAUACGAGUAUACCCUAAUCGAGUAGCUUUUUCCAUUGUUCAUAUUGUGAUACGACUUUAAAAUGUUAAAAGAGUAGUUCACAGUUUAUUUGGUAAAGAUUUAAAACUCUUGAGGAAAAAAUUCAGUUUGUGAGUUAUGAAUGACUAUCUACAUAAUACACGGUGAUGGGAGAGAAUUAGGAGGAACACGUUAGAGGAGGAGAAUUCGUUAUUCCAAUUCAUUGUUACUAACACGAAUCAACUAUUCAAAAAGAUCCGAAUACGUCUUUUCAAAUGCCUUACUCCCUUAUUUUACGCAAACCACGUUAAAAAUAUGUUGGUGUUAAUAAAUUUGCAUAACCAGUUCGCCGUAAAUACACAGAUUCUCAACCACAUCAACUUUAACCAAAAAUUUCGAUGAUCUAGUAAAAUAAUCACAAUUUCCAUUCUGAUCGACGGUCGUUAGCUUCCCUGAUAAAGCAAAAUAAUAACAUAUUUUUAAAAAUUAAUGCAAAGGUAAAUAGGUAGUUAAUUAGUUGAACAUUCGGCGGUGUUUUCAAUUCCGCAAGCUUCGCCCCCCCUUUUUCCCAACACGAACAUUUGCUAUGGUUCUGAUUGAUAAUGUUAUUUCAAGUACCUAUUGAUAAACUAAUUCAGUGUUUAUAUGUACCUACUUAUUUUUAAUCGAGUUUGUGAAAAUGUUUUUUUUUUUUGUUUUUCAAUUGAUUAGUUUUAGUUUACCCACCAAAGACGAGUACAUGUUUUCUUAAAACAAAUUGAUAGAACAUACCUAACAGAAGAUACGUACCUACUUGAUUUGUAAACAUAUUUGAUUUAAUGAUACUGAAUUGUAAUAUAUGUAUCUACAAUCUACGUACUUACAUACAUAUAAAUAGGUACCUACUUUAAGAAAAAUUCAAAGGCCUAAAAUAAUCUGAAUACGAUUAAGGAGAAAAUUUUAAAUUCAGAUUAAAAAUGAACUGGUUCAGUGCCUUUUAAAAAGUUCAGGUCUUAUAUUGAAUUUACACCACGCAGUUUACCAAAGACUCGCAAUACUGCUACAAGCUUAAUUCAAAUGACUGGACUAAAAUUAGCAUAAAUGUUACCUGGGUAUUUAUUGAUUUCAAAAAUCGGAGCAAGAAAAGGAAACUAGAAACCAAACUUACAUAGUACCCCUUUCUCUUAUUUUGUUACCGCUUUAAAUUUGAAAAAUUUGCGAAUUCUCAAUUAAGUAUAUCUGCUCUUAAAACGGUUGUAAUUUUUUAUUUUGACGCCCAUUCACAUUAGGUACUUCAUUGUUUGAAAAAAACAUGAAAUUUUCCAGUUUCAAACUGAGGAAUUGAACAAGGGUUGUGAAUGCAGUGAACCAAGUGUCAAGUUGGAAAGCUUUAAAUUUUAACCACGUUUUCUGAUUUUUCAGGUAAGGAUUUAAUAAUUUUUUUUUCACUUUUUACCUCGAAAGCUCUAGAAAAAAGUACCUACAUCGGAAGCAAAAAAAAAAAAAAAAAAAAAUCGUCAAAUUAGACAGACACUAUAGGUACUAAUUUAGCCUCAAUUUAACGUUCCGAAAAAACCACAAAUGCAUAGGUAUAGAUACUACAUAAACGUAUCUAUAUAUCUACUUCUCUGCUCCUAAACAGAAAUAUUAUUUCUUGUUUAAUAUACGUACUUACAUAGUACAUGCAACGAGUAUUUUUUUAAUAGAUUCACUGCAACGUUAAAUAAAUGAUGAGGAUACUUUUAAUUACCUUUACCUAUACGUAUAAUGCGUUGUUACUUUUAAAAUGGAGUAAUUAUUUUUGACAUAAAUGUAUGUAUAGCUGAAAUUAAAUAAUAGGUACCUACCUACAUAAUAUUGCGUAGUUAUUUUUUUGAAAUUAAGUAUUGUUCAUUAGAAACGGUACUUACAAAAUUUGUGUUUUAAAGUCAGAUAUUUUGCUGUUUUUUAUGAGUAACAAUGUAGGAAAACUUGCAUCUCAAAAUUAGUACAUAUAUGAAUCGGUGUCAUCUUUACUCUUUUGAACUAGGUGUGGUGUAUGUAUUAACUUUUAUUUAAUUUAUGUUGUGAAAAUUUAUUUUAAAAAAAUGAUUUUUAUACUUUCAUUAGUUUGUUGUACUUAGUACUAAUGUCUAAUAACGAUGUUACGAUGUAUCAUAACGCGAAUCAGUGUUUACUCCCACGGAUUUCUCACCGUGUACAAUUUUUAAUUAGAAUUAUUUUAUAAUAGAUAGGUACUCUUACAGUUAAAAAUCAUUUACAUUCUCAAGUAAAAUGUGCAUUUAUUAAUUUUUAAAUGAUAUUGAAAAAUUUACCUACCUUUUUGUAAUAAUUUAUCUACGAAUUAACGUACCUACUGUUUUGGUAACUUGUACUGGAAAUGUGUAAUUGCUUUUGACUUCUUGCGCAGAAGUACUGGACUUCGAUCACAAUUUACAUUUAAAAAACUUGUUUCGCAUUCUUGACAAAACUCAAUAGGACCUGCUAUAAAAAAUUAGCAUUUAAAAAUAAAAUGCAAACAAUACAUAUUACCUACUUCUUUACAUCGCAUACACAGUGUAUUUUUGAGCCUUUGUCAUUUACACACAGCCUGCGUCCACACUUUCAAUCAAUUUCAUUUCCAAUUUUUAAAUCAAUAAAAUGUGAUUGUUCGUAGUUAUUAUAUUUAUACAAAUUUUGUACGCGAAUGUUAAUAAAAGAAAUAAUACUUUA